AUGGCAACCGUGACCACACAGAUUUGUUUGCUAUUGUCGGCGGUGUACAGUCUGGUUUAUUCCCAGCUUGCACAACCUAUAGAUCCCAACCUGGGCAAUGCGUUCGGCCAACCAUUCAUUCCAGGUGGGGGUUUUGAUCCUAACUUCAUCCCCAACGCUGGACUAUUCCCAACUGAUCCAAACGCUUUCCCCAACACGGGCAACCCUGGCUUUCCCGGCACUUUCCCCAACACGGGCAACCCUGGCUUUCCCGGCACAUUCCCAAGUCAACCGGCGCCACUUCCUCGACCAAAUCCUAUGCAGAGUUUACUCCCUUUAUUUUUACUCAGAGGCGGAGGAGAUAUGGCUCAGAUGUUUGCUCUGUCUUCCAUGAUGGGAGGUGGCGGCGGGUUUGGUGCCGGCGGAAUUAACCCACUUAUGCUCAUGAUGCUGGGCGGCAUGUAA